AUGCUGCUGCAGCAGCAGAGUAUAGUGCUGCGGGAUGGGACAAGCCUCAUUCUGGCGGAUGAACGAGGGGAUGGAUGCAUGCAACAGCAGCAACAGCAACAGCAGCAAGAGGAGCAUGACCAAGAGGAGCAGCAGCAACAUCAUCACGAACUAGAUAAGCAUCUGCAGAGACAGCCUCAGCAGCAACAACAAGAGGAACAGGAACAGCAACAACAACAGCAACAAGCGCCACAGCAGCUGCACCAACGGCAUCUACGAAAUCAGCAUCACCUUCAUAGCCUUGCUAAUACGCAGCCACAGCAGCAACAACAACAGCAACAGCAGCAACAGCAACAACAACAACAACAGCAGCAACAACAACAACAACAGCAUGCGUAUUUGUACGAGCGUCGGGGCCGCAGCAGUCGCAGGUGGAGUUUGGCUUUAUCCAGAUGCAGCAGCUUAGAGAAAAAUGAAGAAGAAAUCAGAAGACUGCAGAAACGGGACUGCCUGUAUGCGGCGAAGAUUCUCAUUCCCUGUCGGGAGACAGCAGCAGCAGAAUCAGUAGCAACAGCAGCAACACCAACAGCAGCAUCGGAGGACGGAGUAGAACCAACGGAAGCAGGAGCAGCAGCAACAGCAACAGCAGCAGCAGCAGCGGAAGCAGUAGGAGGAGGUGAGGUUGUAUACAAGGCAAUGGCUCUAUCGGAGUUCCUGCGUCUAUUUGCUGCCUUCCUCCCUAAACCCUUCGCAGGUUUUCUCUUCACCGACUUUUCCUUUACUGGGCAAACAGCAACUAAGGCAAUUCAAACAGCCCUUCACAUCACUCAACCAGAUGCCGUCUAUGUGGGCCAACAGCUGGUGGACUUGGAGGUGCUGCAGGAGGUGCCAUUCAACCCCGAUUAUCUUUUUGAGUGUACAGACAGCCGGAGGUAUUGUCUUCAAUGCCAUUUGCUGCCUUCUGUCUUCAACUUCAUGUUUAAAUGGAUACAACCUGCAGCAAACCCCCUUCCCCUCGUCCAGUACCUUCUCAAGCAAACCCUAGACCUGCUCGCUGCGCAUAGCCACGAGGGUUUUGUUGAUUUGGCAGCAGCAGUAGAAGAUCCAAUUUGCAUGCAGCUGUUUGUUGCUGCUGCCGAGCUCCAGCAGGCAGAUGCUGCUGCAUUAGAGGCCCCAAACCACCAUUUAGCGUUCUUCCUCAAUCUCUACAACCUUACGCACAGACUUGCUCUCCUACAGCUGGGUGUGCCUGAUGGCUUCUUAAAUCGCCUGAGGUUUAUGAACAGCGCGGGGGUUUGUCUCGGUGGUUUUAGACUCAGUUUAAUGGAAUUAGUGUUUGGGGUUUUGCGGAAGAACAGGAGGCAUCCUCUUGCUCUCCACAAACCCUUCCUCUUUAACGACAAACGCAGAGCUUUUGCCGCCAAAACGGUUUGUGUUCAGGUGGACCCCCGUAUUCACUUCGCGUUGAGUUUAGGCUGCGUUGGUUCUCCUCCAAUUCGAAUUUACCAUCCAGAGACCCUCGAUGCGGUUGCCUUCUUGCUGCCAUAUUUAGAUCCCCCGCAGAGCGAAAUGCUGCAGCAGCUGCUGCAACAGGAGGAAACUUUCCCUUGCAGCAUGAGCAGCAGUAGUAGUAGUAGUAGCAGUACCGUGAAUAGCAGCAGCAGCACCUUGAGCACCAGCAGCAGCAUUAUGAAGGACAUUGCACCUGUCACCGCGCUAGAACGGCUCGAUGAACACGCCAAGCAGCAGCAGCAGCAAUAG